ACCGAGUACGACUACCCCAAUCCAAAUCGCCCGUCCCCUUCCUCCUCCCUUCUUCCCCUUCCCAUCCUCUCCUCCCCUCCACCCUCCUGCGCGGAAACCCCGCCUCGCCUCCACCCACCGCCGCGGGCCAGCUUUCCGCCGCCGUGGUGCUCGAGAAAAGACUUCAUGCUGGCUGUAACUCUGCAGACUUUUCUCUGCUGAAUUUGACGGUUCAAGCAACAUAAAAGCAUGAGCUACUUCCAAGCUACAACUUGCAAGCCCCAUACUGGGCUCAUUCUGGACAGACCCAUAACGGGUCUUGGGAAGACCUGCAGACUACUACCUCAUGCUCAGUAUUCCCUACAGUCACGUUCUCUUGGAUUUCACAAGCUUGAAAAGAAAAUCUACCCACGACUUGUCCUUGUUGCUGCUAGCCACAAAAGGCUCACUCCUGUAUGCGCCUCAAGCGGAAAAGGGAACCCUGAGACUGACAAUGAUCCCUUUAUGGAUCAUUUGAAGAAGGCCAUGGCUGAUGCGAAAAAGCCACGGACCGUACAAGACAUGCUGAAAGAGCAAUUCACUAAGCUGAGAGAACAAGCAUCAGGUGGAGGUGGAGGGAAUGGAAACAGUCGUGGAGGCAAUGGCGGUUCUGGUGGUCCAGAAGAUGAAUCGUUUAAGGAAUCAUUGGAUGAAAUUGUCCAAGUUAUUUUAGCAACUGUGGCUUUUAUACUUGUGUACAUCCAUAUUAUCAGAGGCGAGGAGCUCUACCGUCUUGCCAGGGACUACACCAGAUAUCUUGUUACUGGUAAGCGAACUGCCCGACUGAAGCGAUCCAUGCAACAAUGGCGCAGUUUCUCAGAGAGAUUCAUGCAAAAGGAAAGCUCUGAAGAAGAGCGGUACGAAAGACCAGCUACUUCUGAACCCAGGUGGUGGCAACAGCCUCAAAGGUUUGUUCAUCUUAUGGAGGAGCUUUGCAGAGGCAAUUGGCGCCCCCACGCGCAGAAGUCUUAGUUCAAGCACUCCACCAUCCUUUUUGACACUUGGAGAAAAUGCUGUGGUGAGAUGGAUACUGAUUGCACGGCUGAUGCAAAGAGUUGCAUGGAUGAAGUUUCCUGCCGAGGCAAAUGUGUUCUUUGUUCUUAGCCACGUAUUUUGUCUCUGGUUUGCUGUUAAGCAUUUGAAAAGCGAGCAAGUUAUUGGCAAUUUUGUAGUUGAUGAGACAAAUUAUUUAAGAUGGUUAGCCUGUCAAUCAGAUGUAUGUGAUAACUGGUCUCUUGUUUGCAAUAUUUAAACCGCGAAAGCCAUAUGAAAAAACCGUUGGUUAACCUGGGGAUCA